CGACUCGGCGCGAACGAUUGGGUCCUGCAAGAUUGAGCGAGAGGUGACCGAUAUGAUGUUAUCAGGUGCGUGGUUCGAGCUAAUAUGUGUGACAAUUUGUGCAAUUGUCGCCUUGGCAACGAGCUACAGGCCCCCGUGGUGGUUUUGGCCUGCGACGUCUCAUAAUUCUGAUACGAAAAAAGGUGAAAAAAUCAAAAAUAAACCGCUAAGUGUACAAAAUGUACCUGGUCCUGUGGUAUUACCAUUCCUCGGGACAAGAUGGAUAUUCUCCCUGUUCGGAAAUUACCGAUUGGAUAAGAUUCACGAUGCAUACAAAGAUCUGAAUCUGCAAUACGGCGGUCUAUGCAAGGAGGAAGCUGUGUGGAAUUAUCCAGUGAUAUCACUCUUCUCUCGGGGGGACAUCGAGGCAGUGAUGAAACGUGCGUCGCGGUAUCCACUGAGACCACCGCAAGAGAUCAUAUCCAGCUAUCGCCAAUUGCGACGCGACCGUUAUACUAAUCUUGGUCUGGUUAAUGAACAAGGUGAAACUUGGCACAAACUUCGCUCAGCCCUUACUCCCGAGUUGAUGGGAGCUAGUACAGUGUCCGGGUUUUUCCCUGCUCUUAAUCGAGUUGCAGACGAAUUCAUUAGUCUCAUUCGUCUAAAACGAGUAAAUGAUAAAAUCCAAGGUUUCGAAGAAUUGGCUUACAGGAUGGGAUUGGAGAGUACUUGCACCUUGAUUCUGGGUCGUCAUCUCGGCUUCCUGAAGUCAACGUCGGGUAACAUAACGACGAGACUCGCGAAGGCUGUCAGAGUUCAUUUCACAGCGUCGAGAGAUGCAUUCUAUGGACUUCCACUGUGGAAAGUUAUGCGGACAACCGCUUACAGAGAACUUAUUCAGAGCGAGGACGAAAUUUAUAAUAUUGUGUCUGAACUCCUAGACACGACAAUAUGCGAACAGAUGAAUGAUGCCAAGGGAGCCAGUGGAGGCUGUAUUCAAAUCAAUUCUAAGGGAGAAGAAUUUGGAUAUGAGGGACAAGAAGGCCGCAAUUAUAGAUUUUAUAGCUGCCGGCAUUCACAGUUGGGUAACACAUUGGUAUUUAUGUUUCAUCUGAUCGGAAGUAAUCUUAGGGUUCAGAAAAUUCUUCACGAGGAAGUUGAAACCUUAGCUCCACGAAAUUCUAAUAUUGAAGUUCAGGAUCUACGAAAUGCAAAAUAUCUUAGGGCGUGUGUGCAGGAGGGCUUUCGAGUAAUGCCGACUACUCCAUGUAUCGCGCGCAUCCUCGAUGAAUCUAUUGAGCUUUCUGGUUAUCAUCUAAAUGCUGGGACUGUAGUUCUUUUACAUACAUGGAUAGCAGGAUUAAAAGAAAGUAAUUUUAAAAAUGCUGAUGCAUGGAUACCCGAGAGGUGGUUGGAACACACUGAACCACAUUCGCCAGUACUUGUGGCACCAUUCGGCGUUGGUCGUAGAAUAUGUCCAGGGAAGCGAUUUGUAGAGCAGGCCCUAUACCUCAUUAUUGCAAAAGUAGUUCAGGAGUUUGAAAUCACCAGUGAAGAGGAACUUUCCCUGCAAUUUGAAUUCAUUCUAGCUCCCAAAGGUCCAGUAUCAAUUACUUUUCGUGAUCGUCAAGACUCAAUUUAAUAAGCCAUUGAUCAUAAAUCUCGAGUAAUUUUGUUUUCUUAUUAUUUCCCAGUAAUUUAUACAUCUCUCACCUUCUGUCCCUGAUUAUUUUAAGUGUUUAUAGUACAUCUACUGUUUUAUUUAGAUUUUAUUUCAGUACUCGUAAGCGUAAUUGAACAUAUUUAUUGCUAUAUUUUUUUACAAGUGUUGUAAUUAAUUUAAUAUUUUUUUCCUCAUUCUAAUAAUACAUCAGAAUUGUUUAAUCAUUCCAUCUUGACCUGUAAAUAAAUAAAUAUACAAUUUUUACUUAAA